AUGGGAGACUAUUCACGGGCACUUCAAAUUUUCGAAACAGUAUUAGAUUUUCAGAAAAAUAUUCUUCCUUCAGAUCAUCUACAUAUUGCUCAAUCAUACGCCAAUAUUGGUGAUAUUCACAGUUUAAUCAACAAUUAUACGAAGGCAAUUUCAGCUUACACAAAAGCAUUAGAAAUUGUGACAAUUAUUCUUCCUUCGAUUCAUCCGGCUUUAGCUUCUUUACAUAAUCGUAUAGGAUGUGUUUAUAAUGAUAUGGGCGAGUAUACAAAAGCACUAUCGUCGUACAAAAAAGCGUUUGAAAUUCGACAAAAAUCUCUUUCUAUAGAUCAUCCCGGUUUGGCUGCUUCUUACGCUAGUAUUGGUUCCGUAUAUCACAAUAUGGGCGAAUACUCCACGGCGCUGUCGUGUGCUGAAAAAUCACUUGAAAUAUGUCAGAAAUCUUUUUCUUCCGAUCAUCCUGAUUUAGCUACUUGCUACGGUAAUAUCGGCACUGUGUACAACAGUAUGGGCGCGUACUCAAAAGCACUUGAAUUUUAUGAAAAAGCACUUGAAAUUAAACAAAAUAUCCUCCCUCAAGACCAUCCAAAUAUAGCUGAUGCCUAUAAUGAAAUUGGUAGCAUGUAUACUACAAUGGGCAACGAUUCCAAAGCUCUUUCCGCUUUUGAAAAAUCACUAGAAAUCUACCAAAAAACUCUUCCACCAAAUCAUCUCAAUCUAGCUACUUUCUAUAAUAACUUGGGUGAUUUAUAUAAAAGUACAGGUGAAUAUCCAAAAGCACUUUCGUACUGUACUAAAGCACUGAUGAUUUGUCAAGAGACUCUCUCUUCACAUCAUCCUAUUUUGAUUAUCGCUUACCACAAUCUCGGCAAAUUACAUCAAGUUAUGGGCGAAUAUUCCAAAGCACUUACAUUUUAUCAAAAAGCACUAGAAAUUGAGGAAGAAACGCUCCCUCCAAUGCAUCCUGACUUGGCUUCUCUUUAUAGCAGUCUCGGUGAAGUGUACUUAGAAACAAAGGACUAUCCAAAAGCACUUCUCUUUUUUGAAAAAGCGCGUACAAUCUGGCAAAAAACUCUUCCUUCAAAUCAUCUUCAUCUGGUCCAUUCGUAUUAUUGUAUCGGCAAAGUGUAUCAAGCCAUGGGAGAUCCUAUAAAAGCACUGCCAUUUUUCAAACAUUUUGUUGAAAUGUUUCGAAAUUAA